AAUAGUGAGCUCUGUUUUUGUUCAUUCUCACAAGAGAUCAAGUAAAGACAGAGAUGGGUGUCUGCCCCUCAAUCCCUGACGGUCCUCCACUUAGGAUUGUGAUGAUUGGGAAAACUGGAGUCGGGAAGAGUGCUGUUGGUAACACCAUCGUGGGUAAAAAGGUUUUUGAGUCUUCAGCAAGUGCCCAGUCUGUGACAGAGAGCUGUGAGAAAGAACGGGUCCACAGUCGCAGAAAGAUCCAUGUGGUGGAUACACCUGGGAUUCUGGAUACAUGUAAAACUGCAGAGAGCAUCAAGAAAGAGAUUGCAAAAUGCAUCCAGGUGUCCUCUCCUGGCCCUCACGCCUUCCUGCUGAUUAUCCAGAUUGGCAGGUUCACCAAAGAAGAAGAAAACUGUGUGCAAGCCCUGGAGAAAAUCUUUGGACCGGCGGCGUCCAAGUACAUGAUUGUUCUGUUCACACGUGGUGAUGAGCUGCAAGGCAGAACCAUACAGCAAUAUGUGCAAAACGGCCACCCGAAACUUCAAGAGGUGAUAGAAAGGUGUGGUAAGAGGUACCAUGUGUUCAAUAACAAGAGAAGGAGGAACAGAACUCAAGUGGUUGAACUAAUCAAGAAGAUCGAUGACAUGGUGGCAGCGAAUGGGGGAAAGCACUUCAGUGAGCAAAUGUAUGAGGAGGCAGAGCAGACUCUGCAGCAGCAGACUCUGCAGCAGCAGGGGAAGGACAGAGACGCAGCAGAGCAGCAGGUUUACAACUUCUCCUUCAUGUCUGAUCUGCUGCAGAGGGUCAUCCUGUUCCAGGCCAUUUUAGCUACAGCUGCACAGGACACCAACAACCUGGACCACUCCAUCAACCCCUCCUACUCCAAUGUGAGACCUGUCUGACAGAAACAACCUUCAGUGCUAUCCAGAUUUUGUGUGGGAAUGAAACAUUUUGUACAACCAGACACAGUAGCUGGAGAAAACUGAAUUGUAGAAAGUGUAAUUGAAUUUGUGAUCAAACAGUAUGUCAGUUGAUUAAGUGGUGGUCCCUACUGUCCUCCAUGUUUUAUUUUCCAGUGUGUAGUCCAUGAAUGCAAUGGUACUAAUGUACAUAUCUUCUAGUAUGUUGAAAUAAAUGUCAAUCAAAUGUCAAUAAAUAUAUUUAUCAAUAAAAUUUUAUUUAUCAAUAAAAUAUUUCUUAUCAAUAUGACUAUCUGCUGUUUGUAUAUAAAUCUGUAUUACCUGUAAAUUGUAUUUCUGUUGAUGCUUUCAGAUGUCUGUAAAGGACAGAUGACGUUGAUCGUUUUGUGCUAGAUCAGAGGGUCAGUGGUAACUAAUGAUGACUAAAUCUUAAUCAUUAAAAUAAAAUAAAAAACCA